ACAGUCUGUGGUCUAGGAGAAGGACCGCGCCCAGGCAGGGCUGAGUCCCCCAGGCCGGGCAGCCCUGUCCCAGCCCCCCCUUGUCCGGGUCUCCAACCGGCGACCUCUGGACCUUCAAACGCCCCCGAAGCCUGCCCUGACCCUUAGAAAGACACAGCGGCGAAAACCCUGCGAUCCCCGUGGGGCGCCCCCGCCUGUUCCAAACAGGGCAACUUUGGAUCCGCUGUUCAUCCUAAGCGGGCCUCCUUGUCCCCUGCCCUAGCGAAUUUGACCCCCAACUUGUGCUAGAAACAGAAGACCUUAGCAGGAUCCAGGAGAAUUGGUGGUUUCUUAGUCCCUAGAGGACGUGCCCCAUGCCUUGUUUACUAAGAAGUGGAUUGGUCAGGGAUCGCAGAGGCAACCGUUGGCUUUUUUUUUUUUUUUUUUUUUUGGUACAGAGCUUGAGUACAGAGUGAAAUGUAGCUCACGUAAUUACUAUUCGAGAGAUCAGCUCUUUUUCCAUAAUUCUCCUUCUCCCAGCCCCCUUAAGAUCAGGCCUCCACAGAAAACCUAUUUUGGGGAAUAUUUCACUCUGUUCUUUCACAUUUUUCCCAAAUUCUGCUUCUCUAUCAACAACAACUAAAAAUUACCAUAUAUAUCCAUUACUUAUUACUAAGAAGAAAUCCUGGGUUCUCAUUUAAGAAAAGACAGAAUGAAGGGUUUUGAUUAUUGUAUGAAAAAUAAUUCUGAAAUGAAUUGAGAUCUCCCCCCCACAGCUGGAGUUGUAGAUUAAACCCCAUUUAUCACGAAUGUUCUAGCAGUGCGUUACAUCCCCUACCCUGUUUUUCAAGGUUUUUUUUUUUCUCAGCUUGUUUUCAAGACUCCAGGUACAGUGAGCUUUUGAAUAACAAAGCUGGUGUUUAUAGAGACUUAGAUUUAAAGUGUUUUCAUCCUUGCUGCUUUCUAAAAAGAAAGAAAGAAAGAAAAUCCCACAAGAGGAAAUUGUUAUUAAAAUGUGCAGAAUGUGUAUACUAAACCAGAGACUGGAUUGCAGGCAAACUAACCUAAAAUUAGGCAAGCUCGGAGUUAAGCAGAGAAUCACUUCGUGUUUGUUUAAGUAUGAGCACUACCUUUGUUGUAUUUGUAAAGGUGCUUUCAUCCGAGGAGCAGACCGCGUCCUUGGAAACCCUAGCAACGAGGUCAAUAUAAUAAUAAUUGGAGGAACAGGAAUCAGGUCAAAGUAUUUUUAAUUAAAAGCUGGAUUUGCCAAAAGAACAGGAGCAAGCCAAUCAAAACAAAUUUGAGCCUAGCCUCCAAUGGUAAAGGUCUCUCUCUCUCUCUCUCUCUCUCUCUCUCUCUCUCUCUCUCUCUCUCUCCCUCUCUCUCACACACACACACACACACACACACACACACACACACACACACACACCAUAAAGGCAGUGAGAUGGUGGAGAUGAAAGGCAAUCCAAUCUGGACCAUUACCUUCCCAUCCUGUGCUGAGUCAGGGCACCUGUCAAUCAUCUCAUGGGUCCCUAGAGGAACCUUGGAGUCACACUCCUACAUCCUUUACAAGGGACUCCACAACUCCAAGCUGUAAAGCAGGCCAGCCUCCCCUAGUCGUGAGCAGCACCUGUUCCAGGAUGAAUAAAUAUAAACCAGUCCCCAAGCGCUCUAGCCGGUCUCCUGUCCAUCACACCAACCUGAGGACCCCGCCUUCAGGCAGAGCCUUUAAGGAAGAAGACUUCAACCUGAUUUCAAAGGACUCCUUAGAAUCGGAUUCAGAAAGCCUCCCUCGAGAGGCUAAGUUCUGGUCUGAUAUUAAGGACCAAAUCCAAGACAAAGAUAUGGAGCCCGACAGCUUAGAGGAGGAUAGUUCAAGUGAGACCGAAGAGGCAGCCCACGGCACCAACAGGGAGGGCCUGGGAGCUCAAGGUGCUGGUGCGAAUCACAGCCAUCAUCAGGUAGAAGACAAAUAUUCAGACCUCCGAUAUGAUCCCAAUUGGAAGAAUAAAAAAGAGGAGGGCCAACUAUUAGCUGUGGAAGCAUUGCCAGAGUCUGCAGAUAGCUCUUCGGACAACCUGCCAGGGGCUCCGCUCUACCCUUCCAGGGAGCCGUCCAUGAGACUCUCAGUGGGGAAAGGCAAAGAGAAGAGGAGUCCUCAGAGCGAAGCCUCCUUACUUGGAAGCGAAUUUCUAAGCCCAAAGUACGAGUGUGGCACCCGUCAAAAUGAGUUUUUUUCAGAACUAAGCGACAGUGACCAGGAGGACCAGGAGGAGAAAUCCAGCGACCUGUCUCCGUACCUAAAGAGUUCAAGCUCACACAACGAAGUUUUCCUGCCAGGGUCACGUGGCCCACGCAGAAGGAAAUCCAGACAGUAUUUUGUGGAAAAAAACAAGCUGACUUUGGGAUUACCCGCUCCUAAAACAGACUCUUACCUUCAACUUCACAAUAAAAAGAGAGGAGAGACUCGCCUCGAACAGAUUUCCUACCCCAUCAGAGAUGCUGGCAAGAUGACUGUCCAGGAUGACAAAGGAGUCGAAAACACUUUCAUGGAUCCUGAGGACAAAUGGCAUCAGAGAGCAAAGCAGCUCAAGAAUUACCAAGAACAUUUGUCUCAGUGCGAAGAUACAAAAUCAGGCAACGUCCCAAGAGGUCAGUCUUCCAAUGCAGCCAACGUCCAGCAACCUUCUAGAAGAACAGCCAAGGCCAGGGUUCAGAAACAGAAGAAAUAUCAGAAUGGCCUGAAAUCUCUUGGGACAAAAGAACAAGUUGUCAGUCAAAAUAAUCAGAAUAACUCUCUCCAACAACCACAAACCCAAAGGCUGCCUAUGGAUACCUCAUCAAAGCAUGAGCCAGCUGCACAAAUGACCGCUUCUAAUCCCAAUUUACAGGACCCCAGAACCCUCACCCAUAAUCCCAAAGUCACCUCCGACCCAUUCUUUCCACCCAAGGAGACUUUUGACAGAGUAGUAUAUAAAAACUCUGUCUUAGGGCUGAACACUAAUAAAAGAAGAGGACACAGAUACAAGGAAGAGAAAAGAAUUUUGUAUCAGCAACAGCCCAUCUACAUAUUUUCUGAUGGAGAUCUGCAGGACUUUAAUGAACUUUCUCACAGACAUGAGUCCCUGAGUCAGAGAGGACCCCAGUCUGAUUAUCGCAUGAACACACACAGGUCCAGGUCGACGAAGACUAAGAAGCCAUCCAAAGAACCGGAGGCAGAGACGAAAUACAAGAACAUAGAGAUGCUCUGGAAACUCCACUCUUCCUCGGACAUGGAGCCCGUGAGUGCCUCUCCAGACUCCCGGCUCGCCCAGAUCAUGGAGCAGCACCAGCAAGCCCUGCUACAGCUGGCAGAGGUGCAGCCCAGCGAGGGCUCCUUGUCCAGCACCGUAUUCCCGCCUAUCCUGUCCAGGGUAGAGAGUGAAUCCCAGCUCGAUUCAGAGAGAAGCCACAAGCACCAGAUGAGGAUGGCCCGUAGUAAUUCAGAGGGCUACCUGCUUCAGCUGGAGAAAGGGAAGAGACACAGGAAGCGAAGCCAAAGCCGCACAAAGAGUUCCAAGCUGAAAGGUUAUCAGAAAAGAGACGUGAAGCUUGGAGGCCUGGGACCUGACUUUGCGUCCAUCAGAGACAAAAUGCAAACGUUACUGCAGCAAAAAGAGUAUGCAAAGCAAGUCAAGGAAUACAACAUGAAGACACUGUCCGUCCUGUCCAAACCCCAGACAUCAAAAACUGACAGUAAGUCAACGAUUUCUCGGAAGAAGGCUUUGGACUAUGCUAAGACCAUCCCCAAACCCAAACCACCAAAUCUGCCUUAUCAAACAAUGAAGAAAACUAAUAACUCAAAGCACAGUGAGAAAGAAGGAAGCUUACCGGAAAUUUCCCUGCUGGAGAUCCUGCAGAGCAGACAUGAGCGGGAAAAGCAGGCCGUGGCUGCUUUCAAAGUCCUUCACAUUGUCUAGGCAGCAUUUGGUGGGGAUCAAAAAUGCUAUGCAAGGGACGUGGAGAAAAGAAAGUGAACCGUUCCGUCUACGCUGAGUGGUGAGCAGGCCCUGCCUGCUGCCUGCCUGCCACCCUUGUCCACUCUGUGCAGAAGUUAAUGGUGGCAUGUUUAACCUUCUGGAAAGAAAAAUAUAUGUAAUUAUUUAUUUUCCAAUCUGUUAGAAUUUGGGCAGGUAGGCAGCUAGACAAUAAAGCCUUUGGUUUUAUAUUGGA